AAAAACCCAAUAAGGUCCGCUGCUGCCUAGAUGGCGCUGUCUUGCGGGAAUCCACCUAGCCCACUCUGGCUGCCUCUGCGCCGUCAGGAAUAAGAGCGCUUGUCGAUUCGUUGAUGGUUAGCAUAGCAAGAGACCCCAUCUCAGAGAGACGUAGGUCGAACCUUGGCUUGCUUCGUUUUAAUGACGUUAUUGGUGCUUUUCAUCUCGGAUUAACGGGGAUGCUUAUUUUUCUGCUGGACUAUUCUCAAACCUAGUUAUUAUAUAGUAUUCCAUGGCAUGUAGUUGGCGUGUUGGCUAACGUUACCGGCUUUGCGCCAGGAGUGAAGACCAAUCAAUCACCGGGUACCUUCACCGCUAGUUUUUGUGUAGCUACAGUACAGUACUGUGUGGUGCUGCUGAGGCAAGGGAAAAACGCAGCGGUCACCGGUGACUGGAUCUUGUUGCGUGAGCACUAAUGCAGUCUAGCAAACACGGCGAAUCCCAGUCACCGGUGUAAAACGCGGUGUAAAAAAAACAUUCGGCAACCCUCUACCCUUAUUGCAAUAAUAGAUACCGUAGAUCGUUAGCUUGAUAACGGGACAAAUAAGUGCAACGCAAGGAUGUUGCAAGUGCUGGCUUGCGGGGUCGUAGUUUUUCCCGGUCUCUUCUUCGUCUUUCGGAGAGUGCUACCGACCAUUUUCAAACAGUGGACUGAUGCCGACGUUGUAUUAGUCAGCGAGAGGCUGGUGUCCUCAAUCCACGCCAUCAUGGCCACCACGGCGGGAGUCAUCGUAGUGUCUGCGUGCAGCGGGAAUGUCAUGACUGACAGGUACUGGCUGGCCACCUACUUUGUCAUCUGGUACGGCGUGCCCUACAUGACGUACGACAUCUACGCUAUGUACCUCAGCCAUUACUACCGCUUCCGGGUCAAGGGUCAUGAGGAGUACAAGGAGCACUCGCUGACCACGGUCAACUCGUUCAUCCGCCGCGAGUUCCUGCUGGUGCUCCACCAUAUCGCCCUGCUCACCAUCUUACUACCUGUCACCCUGUUCUUCAGGAGGGACCAGGGCGAUUACUUCAUUGGCUGCCUGUUCCUCACAGAGUUCAGCACCCCCUUCGUCUCCUUAGGGAAGAUCCUCAUCCAGCUGGGUCUGCAGGACUGCUGGGUCCACAAGGCCAACGGAGGCAUGGUGCUGCUCAGCUUCUUCCUGUGUCGAAUUGCCCUGUUCCCCUACAUGUACUGGGUGUAUGGCCGUCACUAUGGCAUCCCCAUCUACGGCGCGCCCUUCCACCUGGCGCUGUCCGUCAACCUGGGCAACCUGUGCAUUCUGGCGCCGCAGGUCUACUGGUUUGUGCUGCUUUGCCGCAAGGGGUGGCGACUCUACCAGCGCCAGCGACGCUCCUCCACCGGCAGCCAGGACUCCUCCCCCCUGGCCCCGCCUACCUCCUCCUCCAUCUCCUCUCUCACGGACAGCCAACCCAAGGGAGGAGACCAUUAGACCCGGAGAGCCUCCCCGUCACCAUGGCACUCUGUCAGUUCUCUGUGUCUGCGCUCGAGUCACAAAAACAAACUAGCAUCGACUACUACUACUUCUACUACUACUACUACUACUACUACUACUACUACUACUAUUACUACUGCAAAGGCACUACAGCUAAUUUCCACAGUCUCCUCAAAACAACAACUACUACAAUAGUUACUACUAUGAAUACACAAGUACUGCUACUGCUGGUCCAAACCCUGAACACCUGGCCCCCAUCCCAGUCCCUGUUUCCCAUUGCUUCAAUACUACUGAUCCACUCCACCCCCAUGCUAGUCCAACCGCCACUGUUGAUGAUGAUGAUGAUGAUGAUUCUGGGGUUGGUACCAGUCCUCCCCCACCUCUGCUUGGAUUAGAUGGACUGGAUGGGGUCAUGUUUGUAGUGCUAUCUAAGAUGGGUAUGAAGAAUAAAGAGAGGGAAGCUCCUGGCAUUUUCCAAAAUGUUGGGGCCGGGGGCUUCUCUCACAGGGUUUCUCGG